GACCCUCAGAAGUCAUUUACUCGUCGAUGAAUAUCUCGUUAGUCUCGAAAUACUUCUCUUGAGGAAGAGCCAACAUGUCGGGGUCCCUUCCAUCUUUCAGUCGGGCCGCCCGAAGAUUGGUCUCAUCAUCGAAUAGCUUUGGAGCGAAAAGCAUACUCGCAUCCUCAUUUCACACAUCGAUCAGACCACUGUCUCAUACAAAGGUGCUCACUCGAGCGCAGCUAGUUUCAUCAACAUGUCGACAAGCGCGAAGCUUCUCGUCGUCCAACGCACGGCCGAAUGUGCAAAAGGCCAAGCUAUACAAUCGCACAGGUGUACGUAUAGCCGCUCGCGGUAUGUCUCCACUCCAGAGUCUUGCUCUCUGACAAUUUCUAUGGGAUAGCCCUUCUCACUCAGAUCAGCCAUCCUCUUCGUCAGCGUGGGAGCAUGUAUGGUGUUCUAUUUCCGGUAUGAGAAGGCGAGAUUGGAAAGAAAGAGAAUUGUGGAAAUGAGCAAAGGAUACGGCAAGCCCAAGGUCGGAGGUCCCUUUACACUGAAGGAUACCGAAGGCAAUGAUGCUACGGAGAAGAUUUUACUGGGCAAAUACUCCAUGAUAUAUUUCGGCUUCAGCCACUGUCCCGACAUCUGUCCCGACGAGCUCGACAAGAUGGGGCUUGCGAUUGACAUUAUCCAAGAAAAGGCUCCGAAUUGCCUACAAUCAAUAUUCAUCUCUUGCGACCCGAACCGCGAUACCCCGGAGGUGCUCCGAGCAUACCUGGACGAAUUCCAUCCGUCGAUUAAGGGUCUGGUGGGGACCUGGGAGCAAACCAAAGAUGUGUGUAAACAAUAUCGUGUAUACUUCUCAACACCGCCGGAACUCAAGCCGGGAGAGGAGGACUACCUAGUGGACCACAGUAUCUACUUCUAUGUGAUGGACCCGGAAGGUGAUUUUGUGGAGUGUAUUGGUCGACAAGACACGCCGGAGAGUGCGGCAGCGAUCGUGCUGGACCACAUCAAGGACUGGACCAAGGAAAAGAAGCCAAUUGACAGAACACCUUUACCGUAUAUCGCUGAGCAGAACUUGGCCAAAGAGCAAGCAGCCAAGGAGAUGGCCGCAAAGGGGAAAGCGUGAGCGUGAGUGUCAAGGAAACAGGUGAGGAUGAGGAUAGAUUUGGCCUCAUUUGGGCAAAAUGGCUUGUACAAUGGACGACAUGGCGUGGACCAAAGGAUUUAUGUCGCUGGACUUGCUCAACUCCACUUCUCUAGACAAUGAUUGUAUAGGAUGCUACUGUAUCAUAUCAUAAUUGAAUGAUUGAAGCUGUACCAACAAGAAA